AUGAGGAUGUAUUUGACCCGAAGAACUAGAACCAUGAAAUCUCUCUACAAGUCAGACUACACACUGUAUCGACACACGUGCACAGAGCUGGGAAUCAGAUGCAUUCGCUUUGCGAUUCCGUUACCUUCUGCAAAUCCACAAAAGAUGCUGAACCCACAAGCAGUAGAUGGAGAUCACGCAAGAUUCUUGAUUCGGCAGCGGUUGUAUCGGGCAAAGCACAGGCCUCGUGAAGUUCGAGAGCCUGGAACGCAGCGCCGAAUCCGCUGGACACGUCAUCCAUUGGAGCCUGUGCCAGAAAGCCAUGGUAGGCCAAAGCCCAGUCCACAACAAAUAUCUACAGCUUGGCCUUACGGUGUCCGGCAAGAACGGGUAGAAGGAAAGCAGGUGAUUUACAAUCCAACUGCCCCUGGAGUUGGCUUCUGGCCUGCAAAGCAGAAGAUUGUCGGGGGUCGCACCCCCGAGCCCAAAUGA